CUGCUCCUCCAUCCACUCAUCCCUCCCUCCCGCCUCUCCGUCACCUCAGUCCGCCGCUGCAUCGCUCGUGUCGCCCGCCGUCCUCGCCUCCUGCCCGGCUUUCUUCACCGGGGGAACACCGCUGCUCUGACUGUGUCUGCGGAGCGUUAGAAGGAAGAAAAUGAGUCCCGGGUCCCGGAGCCCGUCGUGGGUCUGGUCUUGCUUGCUGAGCCUGGGCGCUUUGAGCCUGGCUCUGGAGCUGGAGGAGCUGUUUGAGUUCGGGGAAGGAGCCGGGGACCAGCAGCUGCAGCCCGGCUCGGACUCCACCGCCGAGCUGCCCCUCAGCGGAUCUCUGUUCUUCUUCAGCGAAAACUUCGACAAAGUUUAUAUUAACACGAAUGGAUUUGUGGCCGCUGUCAAACCUCCGGCGGAGGAGGAGUACCUGGGGAAGAUGCCCGCCAGUUUCAAAAUGAUUGCAGCCCUGCUGGGAGACCUGGACAACAGUGACGGACAGGGGAAAGUCCACUUCAGGCGAGACAGCAGCCCGGGCGUGCUGAGUCGAGCCGCAGAGCACAUCAGGCAGGCUUUCCCCAGAGACGACGGCGUGGAGCCCACCAGCGCCCUCGUCGUCACCUGGGAGAACAUGGCCGCCCGGGGGACCUCUGGACGAGGAGACGGACUGGACGCCAAGAGAAACACUUUCCAGCUGGUCGUGGCCUCCAUGGUGUCGUCCUCCUGCGCCAUCCUCUUGUACCCCAGAGACGGCCUGCAGUUUCUCUCCACUUCAGUAGGGGGCGAGAGUAAGCUCCUAGAGGCUGGCUUCAAUGAAGGCCUUGCUUCAGGCUGGUUCUGGCAAACCACACAGGGACAGUAUUUCCGCACCACCACCGAUGAAGAGACCUCCAUCAGGGAACUUACUGAAAAGACAACCUCAGGACGGAAUGGAGUUUGGGUGUACGAGAUCGGCUCCUCCCCGUUCUUUGUCAGCAUUACACCGGGAAUGGUCUCUGAGGAGGAGGCGGAUGCCACCGAACCUACCGUGACCAUGUUGCCAAGGCAACCUGAUGAGCGACAGAAGGUGGACUUCUCGACCUACGAACCUCAGGCGGUACCAGAAGAAAAGGAGGAGUUCCCGACUGAGACUCCCGCUGAGUACCAACCCAGUUACCCAGAUGCUGAGACCGUCACGCUAGGGUAUGCUGAACCGGAGACCGAAGAGCCAGAUUAUGAAGAACCGGGCCAGUUUGAGUCAGAAUACCCGGAAUCUGAGACAGUCCCACCAACAUACGCCGACCCCGAGAGGGUUCGACCAAGAUACCCAGACUCAUCUGAGCCGAGAUACCCUGACCAAAAUGAGACCAGAUACCCAGUCUCUGAGCCUUUGCAACCAAGAUACACCAUCCCUGACACCACUGAACCUAGAUACUCUCCAGUCGAGCCGAGGUACCCUGAUCCAGUUGAACCACGGUACACCAACCCCGAACCAGUCCAACCAGUGCCACCCCAUUCCCGGUCCCACCAACCCCAGAUCGUAGUGGUAGACGAAGACGAAGUUCUCAAUGUCAAUGUAUUUGCGUACAAUUUGGAGACAUGUGCCCACAACAGGCACAAAUGCUCGGCUUUUGCUGACUGCCGGGAUUACAGCAACGGGUACUGCUGCCAUUGUAGGCCUGGUUUCUAUGGUAACGGGAAGGACUGUGUCGCAGAAGGAAAACCACAGAGAAUGAAUGGAAAGGUGAAUGGUCAAGUGUUCGUUGGGAACUCGCCUUCACCCGUGGCGCUCAAAAACAACGACUUGCACUCGUACGUGGUAGCCAAUGACGGACGGGCCUACGUGGCCAUCAGCAACAUCUCUAAAAGCGUGGGCCCCUCCAUGCUGCCGCUGUCCUCCCUGGGAGGAGUCAUCGGCUGGGCCUUCGCCCUGGAGCAGCCGGGCUACCAGAACGGCUUCAGUCUCGUCGGCGGCGUGUUUUCCCGGCAGGCCGAGGUGAUCUUUCAGCCCGGAAACGAGCGUCUGAGCAUCAAGCAGCAGUUUAAAGGAAUCGACGAACACGACCACCUGGUGGUGAGCACCGAGCUGGAGGGACGUCUGCCCGCCAUCCCGCUGGGAUCCUCCGUCCAGAUCAACCCGUACAAGGAGAUCUACCAGUACGACAGAAACUUGAUCACUUCCUCCUCCAGCCGCGACUACACCAUCACCUCCCCCGACGGCACCGUCCAGACCAGAAGCUACCAAUGGCGUCAGACCGUCACCUUCCAGAGCUGCGCGCACGCCGAGGCCGCCCGGGCGGCGCCGUCCACCCAGCAGCUCAGCGUGGACCAGGUCUUCGUGAUGUUCGACGAUAUCAACCUUCUGAUCCGCUACGCCAUGAGCAACAAGAUCGGCUCUGUCCACAGCGGUCUUCCAGAGCAGAAUCCGUGUUUCACCGGCAGACACGGCUGCGACAUCAACGCCGUGUGCCGACCAGGUGAAGGCCUCCAGUUCGCCUGCGACUGCACCGACGGGUUCGCUGGAGACGGACGCUACUGCCACGAUAUUGACGAGUGCAGAGAGACUCCUCCGGUCUGCGGGUCCAACGCCGUCUGCAGCAACCAGCAGGGAGCUUUCCGCUGCGAGUGUUUGAGAGGCUUCGUGUUCGCCAGCGACGGAAAGACCUGCAUCGAGGAGAACCGUCCGGUGGACCACUGUCGGACAGGAAGUCACGACUGCGACGUCCCUGAGCGCGCUCUGUGCAGCUACAGCGGCGGCUCGGCCUUCGCCUGCUCCUGCCUGCCGGGGUUUGUGGGAGACGGCCGGGUGUGUCGGGACGAAGACGAGUGUCAGCAGGAUCGAUGUCACCGCGACGCCUUCUGCUCCAACACGCAGGGCUCCUACACCUGCCACUGCCAACCUGGUUUCCAUGGCGACGGCUUCCAGUGCAGUCCUGCAUCCACAGAGCGAGAGAAGACGCAGUGUGAGCGCCACAGAGAGAGCACCCACGCUGCCGCCUCCAGCUCCGGUCUGUUCUCCUCGUUCCGUCCUCGGGCGGCCGUCGGUCAGUACGUCCCCCAGUGUGACGAACAUGGCGCCUACGAGCCCACGCAGUGCCACACCAGCAUCGGGCAGUGCUGGUGUGUGGACGCCAACGGCCAGGAGAUCCCCAACACCCGCACCGGACCCGGCAGCACCCCUCUGUGUAUUAACCAGGCAGUGACUCCUCCUCCGGUGGGUCCGACGCCGCGGCCUGACGUUCACCCCGUCGCCGCGGGAACACACCUGCUGUUCGCUCAGAGCGGGAAGAUCGAACGCGUACCUCUGGACGGAAACAACAUUAGAAAGGAGGAGGCCAAGCCUCUGCUGCACAUCCCCGACCGGGUGGUGAUCGCUGUUGCUUAUGACUGCGUGGAGAAGAUGGUUUACUGGACCGACAUCACCGGGCCGGCCAUCAGCAGGGCCAGUCUGAGCGGAGGAGACAUCAGCCCAGUCAUCACCAAAGAUCUCCAGAGUCCUGAAGGCAUCGCCAUCGACCACGUGGCCCGUCUCCUCUUCUGGACCGACUCCAUGCGUGACACCGUGGAGGUUUCCAAGCUAGACGGCAGCCAGCGCCGAGUCCUGUUUGACACAGAUCUGAUCAACCCUCGACCCAUCGUCACCAACCCGGCGUACGGGCGGCUGUACUGGGCAGACUGGAACAGAGACGGGCCUAAAAUUGAGAUGUCCAACAUGGACGGGACGGAUCGGACCGUUGUGGUGAAAGACGACCUGGGGCUCCCCAACGGUCUGACCUUUGACCCCGACAACCAGCUGCUGUGCUGGGCCGACGCAGGUACCCGUAAGGUGGAGUGUAUGGAUCCUCACCGCAGGCUGAGGAGGCAGAUCGUUGAAGGGAUCCAGUAUCCCUUCGCUCUCGUCUCCAUUGGAAGAAACCUUUACUACACCGACUGGAGGAGGGAGGCGGUGGUCGCUGUGGACCGUCAGUCGGAGAAAGAGACGGAAGAGUUUCUGCCACAGAAACGCUCUCGGCUGUACGGCAUCACCGCGACGCCCGCGCAGUGUCCACAAGCCUAUAACUACUGCUCCAACAACGGCGGCUGUUCUCACCUCUGCCUGCCGCGGCUCGGCGGCUUUACCUGCCGCUGCCCGGACGCCGCCACCACCACCGCCGCCGGCCGAUGUGAGGAGAGGAACCUGUGAGGUCCGCAGAGCGACGAUGCUGCUGCAGCUGCUGCUGGGAGAGAAAAACAAAACACACUUACAUUUUGGUGUUUUCUACUUUUCUUACUUGAACAUUUCUAAGAUCAUUUUAGAGUUUUCUGUGUUUUUAGCCCUUUUAAAGCUGUUCAGACCUCACUGUAUUUAUGAUGUCACGCUUCAGGUCCACCAGUGAGAUCAUUUGCUUUCCUCCUGUAACUGUUGAAUUCAGUUACAGUUUAUAAUGUUUGUAAUUUGACUCCUGGUUGAAGAGUUUCAUCCUAAAAAGAGAAAAGCGACACUAACGGACUCACAGACAGGGAUUUUAUAAAAGGCAGCAGGUAACCUAAACUUUUUUGUAUUUGAAAAGGUUCUGAAUGACGAACUUCACGUUGUGUUUUUAUUGUAUUUUAAAAGUGUAGUUGCUCCUUAUUGGCUUCUUAUAGAUGUGGUCUGAAAUAUAACUGCGAAAAACAAUCAGAUAUAAUUCUAGCAAUCUUCUGUAUGAUCAAAAACUUGUGGGAAGGGUUCCCAAGGGCCUUGAAAACCCUUGAAAAUGUUUGACAUUUAAAAAAAAAAAUGCCUUAAAAGGUUUCUGAAAAUGACAUUUUUGUUCUACAGAAAAACUUAAAUUCCUCAAUAUGUUGCAGUUUAAAAUGAUUUUGUGACCGGAUGCCCUAACUCACUGUGCAUCAGACGCUUGCUGUAACGCCACCUAAAGGUGACAUGCAGUCAUGUCAGCUCAAAGGCUUGCUUGGAGCUGUCGCAUGAAUUUAAUGUAAAUUUAAUGCUCAGUGAGUUCAAGAGUUAAAGCCACAAGAAUACGGCCGUUACAGGAAAACAGUUUCAUCAAACAAAUGCAUCAUUUUUGAGUUAAUCAGAAUAUAUUUAGUGAAGACUGGAUGACAUUUGUAGGAAGAAACUACAAACACGCCUUAUAGACUGAUCUUAGGAAUCCAUCCUAAAUGUUGUUUACAUGGCUCACGGUUUAAAUUAAGGCCAAGAGGUAAAGUGCUUUGGCCAUGUGGUGACACUUUACUGUCCACCAGAUUGUAUCAAAAACCUUUACGAUAUCCUCUUAACAGACAAUCAGUGGGACUGAAAACAGAUUACCUGGCCGAGGGAAUAAGAUCGAUGACAAAACACUGAACUCUAAUUUCCUGCAGACUGACAGAAGGUUUAUCUGAGUGAGUUUUUUAAAAACCGCCAACUGUAAUUACAUAUAAAACCAUCAGAGGCAUUAAAUUAGAGAGAUCAGGGAAGAUAAAUAACGGCUGGGGGAAAAAGUUUAACGUGACUAAAUCUAAUUUUUGUAAAGGAUGUGUUUAUAAAUGAUGUUUUUCAUUGGUAAAACCAAAACUACCAAUCUGAACUUAUUCUAUAUUUUAGCAACCCUCUAUGAUAAAAUUUGAUUUUUUCCCUCCAAAACUGACUUGUUUUUUUGGAAUUGAACAGCGAUGAUCCUGCGGUCUGUAAGACUUACAAGAUUUAUUCUGUUUGUGCUAAGACUCACUGUAUUUUUUUUUUUUUUUAUACGAACCUGUAAAUAAUAACACGAUAUGCAGACGAUGUUCUCUAAUUUUUGAAUGGUGCUGAUGUUAGCCUGAGAUCUACCUGAUGAUGCUGAUGGUUACUGUGAAGGUGCGUGCAGGUUGUGUUCGUUGGGUUGUGGCUCCUGUAUGUGCUUCUCACGUAAACAUCUUUUUUUUUUUUUUUUUUUUUUUUUACAAUGAAGACUCGUGCAGCGAUGAUUAGUUUGUGUUUUCGUCAAAAAUAAAAAGACAAGAAACAAACAAGCUGUCAUGUCUUUAAAGACGUGUUUCUUGUCAUCGGAAGUCUUAACUGCAAACGUCAAAAUGAAAAAGAUUUUUCAGUCUGCGCAGACACGACAACCUCAUCAGGGAGGACACCGAUCGGUCCAACAGGGCUGCACAUCGACAGGUUAAUUAUUCAUCACUGAAAUUUACAGUUGGAGGCAUUUUUAAUAUUAAGUGCGCGAAUACAUAAUUUAAAGAAAGCAGUGUCCCCGACUACUGCGGGGGGCACUGAUUAGUAAAAAGCUUGUUUGUCAGUGUUGUGCAGCCCUGCUGACUGGUUUCAUGUGCAUCGUGUCUGUACUGCGUGUCUGUACUGACCCAUCAGCCAUUAACAGCCUGUACAGCCUCAAUAAAACCUUUUUUUAAAUAUACAGAA